ACGUACUAGCGCGGUUGGCUCUACUCGUGAAACAGCAAACUUGUCUUCUCGUGUUAUGUAUUUUACCAACUUGGAGUUGUCUCUGUGCUCUUGUCUCAUCGCUUUAACUAAAUACUGAUACUUAAUUAUUUCCAGUCUAGUGUUUUUUUAUUUCUUCAUAUAUAUAUUUAACUCUAUUUAAAAAUACAUCUACAUAUUUGUAGAUUGACGGACAGGAUUUUUACCGAGAUUUACAUCAGUGUAUCGGAAAUGUGCUGCAUUAUUAUAUUAUUCGGCAGAUUUUAAAUUUAAUGAAACGGCAUUUAAGGCGCGAAACCCAAGAAAUAGUAGGCAAGUUGUGUUGGAGUUAUUUUCACGUUUGGCUAAGCUUUAAGUGUUCAUUCCUCUAGUCUCAAGUUCCUCAGUAUGUUUUACUCAAGUGUUGUAUGUGACCCAUGAGCAUGCGCGUGUGAUAUUUUCAGUGCUAAAUAAUUCCUUACAAGUGUGAAGUACAAAUAAUACCAAUAGUUAAAUAAUAAUAAAUAUAUUAUUUAUAUUUAAAUAUCUAAAGCUGACCAGGAAUUUCUGGGAACAAAUUCCUCACACCGAAAAUUUACGUACAGAGUAAUACCUUUGGUGGACGAGGACAAGAACAAGUGCAACGACACAUACGAUCAACAAAUAAUAAACGAGAGAGAAUUAUGUUGGUUGAAUUUAUCAUCUGUGCUUGUGUAUAAAUCAACGUGAAAAAUUUAAAAAUAGUAAAGUGCAACAAAUUCAAAUUUAAUAUUCAGAAGCUAAUUAGUAAGGAUAUAAAUAAAUAUAUUAUUAUUAUUAUCAUUAUUAUUAAUACUAAUAUUAUUAUUAUUAAAUAAAUAAAAAGUUGGUGACGUGAUAUUAGUGUACCGAAUGGAGUAGAAAGGGAUAAUAGUGUGAAUAUUUGUGGUAGAAAGUGUUGAGAGUGAAUAAAGUGGGAGUUAUUCUCUUACAUUUAAUUAAUUAAUUAAUAAAGUAAAUAAUAAAUUUAUUUAUUGAUUUAGUUCUGUUAUUGUUAUUGACACACGGGCUUACAAAGUUUGUUAAUAAUCGGCUGGAUGCACGGGCGCGUGUAUUCGAGCGUUACUUUUAAAAGUGCGUCCUUGUGCGCGUUCAGUGUCAUCGCUGCAGCAGCGGCAGCACCAGCCGCGUCCUCGUGACUUGAGACCACUCAAACAAGGAUAUUAUCAUUUUUUCUGCUGUGGGUGAUGUCAUUACUGCACAUAAUGCGCCAGGGGUGAUGGAGACAGUGGGCAAGCAAGUCCAGGUAGUGAGUGGACUAGGGGUGGGAGGCCCAGUUGGCGGAGAUUUGCAUCAUCAUCAUCACCCUCAUCCUCACGGGGGUCAUGGACACUCGCUAGUUGGCGGUGCGGCAACCCCGACUCGAAUUCAGGCUCAGACUCAUCAGGGCCAGCCGCCACCGCCUUCUCACAAUCAACAUCUACCUGCGAGAUCAACUCCUGUACAACUGCACCGGCCUACCCAAAAUUACAUAAACAUCAAGAGCAGCAGUCCAGUGUCACCCCGAACAGUAGGCGUUGGUGGUUACGGAGGCCAGGGUACUACAAAUACGCCGUCGUCUGGAGUGACUGUGGGUCCACCGGGUAGCGGAAGUGUUUCUGGUGUAACAGGAGUAGUCACCGGUUCUGCCGGCAGUAAUUACGUCACCGUGCCAGUGCCCAAUACACUUCGAUAUGUCCACCCUUAUCCACCACCACCACCGCCACCGGCACCGUCCGCUCCCGUCAAUCAAACGCCACCUCCACCGGGAGCUGCGGCCUACACCAGAGAUCCCUACAGAAAUACGACACCCAACGUAUCUGAGAGGGUGGCAAUAAGCGUGAGCAGCAGUCCAGUGUCCCAGGUUGGGGUAGGGGGUGUCGGUGUCGGAGGGAAUGAGUACGCCCUCAACAGUCGGGGUGAUCGCCCACGAAUAUCUCUGCUUCCACCUGCCUCGGGGAAUCCAACUACUCAGCUGACUCCUGGUCCCGAGUAUAUGAUCAGUACGAGGAAUAAUAAUCCACGGAAUUUGAUGCCCAUGCAGCAAUCAGCUGACCAGUACACCAACAAAGCUGUCGAAAUGGCGUCACUCCAAGAUGCUCCACCUUUUAAAAAAAUACGUCUAGGACAGCCGCAGUCUCAGCUUAUGUGUCAGACUAUUCCAUCAGCUGAAACUUGCAUAAAACAAGAUCAUAUUCAGCUUCCUCAGCCACUUAGGAUAGAUACUCGGCCUUCGGCAGGUGCGUAUACUCCACAAACGGAAGCAAUAUCACCAACGUUACCAGAGCCAAGUAAUCAAGAAGAUGUUCAGUUUCGAAGUACCAAGGACGAUUUGCUUCAGCAGAUAGCUAAAGUUGAUCGUGAAAUAGCUAAAAGAGAAAGUCAAAUUUUGAUGCUGAGGAAAAAAUUAAAAGAACUCGAAGAAGCUGCAAACAAACCCUUGGAUACCAGUGGUCUCAAACGACCAGUUGAAGAACAGUUGCAACCAAAACACCAGUCAUUGGCCCAAAAAAUUUAUGCUGAAAAUAGGAAAAAGGCGGAAGAGGCGCAUCGACUGUUAGAUAAAUUAGGACCUGAAGUAAGGCUGCCACUUUACAAUCAGCCGUCUGAUACUAAAAUUUAUCAGGAAAAUAAAACGAAGCACCAAUCGUGUAUGAAAGCACGAUUGGUCGCGAUGUUACGAAAAGAACACUGCGAGCGUGCAGCUCUUCAACGUCAGCAGUCACAGACUUAUGCCGUUCUCGUUCAAGAAUGGCAUCGCAAGAUCGACAGAAUAGAGGGCACACAGAAAAAAAAAUCAAGGGACACUAAAAAUCGUGAGUUUUUCGAAAAGGUAUUUCCUGAACUGCGUAAACAGAGAGAAGACAAAGAAAGGUUCAACAGGGUUGGCGCGCGCAUUAAAAGCGAAGCCGAUCUUGAAGAAAUAAUGGACGGUCUUCAGGAGCAAGAGGAAGAAGUAUCAGCCGAGUUUAAAAAUGCCAUUAUUGCCCGUCAGAUGGAGGAUAAGAAGAUGCGUUCGUAUGCAGUGAUACCGCCGUUGUUGCUGGACAAGAAGCAACGGAGAAUAGCAUUUCAAAACCGUAAUGGGCUGCUUCAACCGGAAGAGCUUGAGGCACUUCACAGCGAACGGAAGCUCAUAAAUGUAUGGAGUCCUGAAGAGCAUGAGCUUUUCAAAGAAAAAUAUCUUCAACAUCCAAAGAAUUUUGGAAUGAUAGCUCAAUCUCUUGAGCAUAAAUCUGUUUCUGACUGUGUGCAUCAUUACUACCUCACUAAAAAAGCGGAAAAUUAUAAACAAUUGUUGCGUAAAUCACGACAACGGACUCGUAGUUCGCGAAAUAAUCCUAACAAUAAGGUUAACAAUAGUAAUUCUAGCAUUGGAACAAUAGAUAUAUUAACGACAGGUGUAACGACAAGACUGCAGCGUGAGCAGCAACAGAAGACCCAAGAAAACCCACAAAACGCAGCGGCAACGUCGACAACAACCUCGACGACGUCAACAACGACAACGACUACCUCUUCGAGUUCUUUGACAACAAAUACCACGACAAGUACAUCAUCUUCCACUACAACCGUCAGUUCGUCACUUCCAACAACAACGAGCUCUACUACCAGCACCACCAGCAGCAAUACUGGCACCACCUCCUCGACGAGUGAGUCUCCCUCAAUCGUCACAACUACCGUCACGUCCGUCCAGAGUUCUACGACCUCGACAACCAGUGUACUGACGACCUCGUCGACCUCAAACGCUAAAGAUGCGAGAGAAGCCAACAAGGAAAAUAACAAAAAUGAUACCAAGGAUUCAAUUGUUAAGGAAAUUAAAAAAGAAAUGAAAGAAGAAUCCGCUGAUAUCACAACCAAGGAUUUGAAAUUAACAUCGGAAAACGCAAGUGGAUUUUCGUCAGCUGGGCCCAAUGAAGUAUCAAUGCAAACACCCGAUGCAAAGGAAAAAAAGAAAACUGGAAGCACGACGACGAGUAACGUCAGUGGAUCUGCUGGUAACCGAUCUAAAGACAAGAAGAAAGAAAAUAAUCACGCGACACCCAUGGAAACCAGCGACGAGGAAGCGCAAAACAUCGAGUCCAUCGAAGGAGGAAGACAAUUGGGUCCACAUACUUGUGCGAUAUGUCAAAGUGUAGUAGAGGGAGGGAGCCAGAGCCGUGCAUUGUCUCGUAGUCAAGCGUCUCAAUACGGUUUACGUGAAGAUCAAGUGCAGCCGGGUGCACGUGUCUGCAAUACUUGCAGAUGUAAAGCCGUACGUGGUCGUUACACCGCAUGUCCACUUCCUGGAUGUCCAAAUGCCAAUAAUUCAAAUACUAAAACACGAGUUAAGCGAUUGCGUGCAUUACCGUCUAAGUGGAUGGAACUAUCCUCAGAUGUCUGGGAGCCAGUUGUGCAAGAAUUUCAGAUACCGAACAAUGCCACUAAAUGUUGUUCGGCUUGUUUCAACAGGAUAUCACGUCGUCUGGCGCCUCAUUUGACCGCUGGUGCAGACGUUUCUGAAGACAGUUCUGAACCUUCGACGCGGCAACAAUGGACUGAAGAAGAAUUAAAACUUCUGAGACGUGCGUUGAGAGAACAUGCGACGAAUUGGCAGAAAGUUGCUGAACAAAUUCCUGGAAAAUCAAAUCAUCAGUGUAAAAAUUAUUAUCUUACGUAUCGUAAGAAACUAGGACUUGAUCAGAUUGUUACCGAGUACUAUGAAGCUAGAGGGGAAGAUUUUAGGAGGCCUUUUUUAACAGAUGAAGAAGAAAGUGGUAGUAGUACAAGUAGCUGCGAUGAAUUGGCUGUGCACGAUUCUAGUGAUACUGCAAGUGCAGGUAGUCCUGCAAAUAUAAUAUCAAGUAGUACGACGUCGACUUUGGUUCCAUCAACGAGUUCAUCAAAAUCAAAUAUUUUCCCUCCCGACAAUACGACGGAUAUUCGUAUCUCACUCGUACCGCCACCGAUAACAACAUCGUCUUCACAGCAACCUACAGCUGGAGGACAGCCAGUGGUAAACAGCCGCGAGGACUACGAUAGCUCUGCUACGGAGACGGCGGACGAAGGUCAAGGUAAUGCUGAACUUGAAAGUACGGGUGGUGUUACGGUCACGCAGUCAACUGGUAAUACAAGUGCGCUGAUACAAUCCCAGCAACAACAGCAAAUCCUACAGCCUCAACCACCGCCACCGCCACCACCACCCGAGCACUCGCCACCGACAACUGCUAGCAGCUCGAAUCCACUUACUGUCAAAGAUCUUAUGCUUGGUGUUAUCGAGAUGACACUAAAACGUCCCGGACCACCGGGUUCAUCAUCCAAUUCCGGUCCCUCUUCUAUGUCAAAUAUUAUCAAGGCUGAUCACAGGAAUGAUAUUACUUUUGUUCGUGAGUUUAAGCCGGCCUCGAGUAUGCCCUCUACUGCCAUGUCCAAUAGGGACUCGAAUUUGGCGACUCUUUCUGUUGUUUCCUGUCAUCGUUCUGCUCCCAGUCCUCAACAAAUUGGUCAAAUGCAAGCAACGAUAACACCAUGUCCGCCUCCAGUUCAAAGUUCCCAGCCUCAACAGUCGGAUUUACUUCCAAAAGAAGGUUUAGUCGUGAUGCAAGUCCAGCAGGCAUUAAGAGAAACCGAGGGUACACUUGAUUUGAGUAUAAAGAAACCUAGACUACACCCACCACCACCUCAGCAGCAAGAGUACAAUCACACUCAUCAGCAGCCUCAUAAACCUCCUCAAGUAUCAAUGUACCGCCCGGAGCCACCAGGUGCUUAUUAUCAUGCUCACCCACAUGCAGAGCAGGGUCGUGGUGCUAAAAGCCCGUUGGUCUACGCGUCAUCACCUAGACCGCAAGCUCCAAUAACACCCAAAAUGAACAAAGUAAAUGUGACCCCUCCUCAUCCAAAAUUGUCACCCAAACUAAGUAAUAUCGGGCCGGCUCACAAAGGCGGGUCAAUAACUCACGGUACUCCGGUUCCAAGUGCGCGUUACGAAGGCCUUUUAAGACAAAUGACACCACCAGGUAAUGCCGGGUCAGCGAAUUCAGGGGGUACACCAGCUCCCAAAGAAUCUGGUUCGAUAACUCAGGGUACUCCAGUGCAUCCAUUUACUGUAGACAAACGUAAUCCAAUGUAUGAUUAUCACCGGCCAAUAAGACACUCACCAGCAACGACAAAUGUUCCACCUCAGUGCCAAACUCAACAGGGUGUCGUUGUUACCCACAGUAAUCAGUAUAAUUCGUAUUCUUCAAGACCACCACCGAGUUAUACUAUGGAGCAACAAUUGUCAUCGCGCCAAAUAAUAAUGAAUGACUACAUUACCAGUCAGCAAAUGCACCAGAGAGGUCGUACCAGUGGAACCAGUGAUAAUCCUGGUAAAAGUGAGCCUCCACCUUCGUCUGGAUUGUAUUACACGAGUACACCACCUCCACCUCAGUCUCACACGCAACCGCGACAGGGAGUUAUACAGAGACACAAUCCGCAAAAACAAAUUCACUAUCAACCUCCACCGGCGGGUCUUGAAGCUUUCUCUAGUCUUGUUGACGUGGCUGUUCAGCAGCCUAGUUUACCAGUACCGCAUCCUCACGGUCCUCCUCAUCCUUCCUCGGGUAGCAGCGGCCAUGAGGGUCUCGGCAAAACGAUGGCCGAUAGACUACUCGCUGAUCGGUAUGUAGAUAAUAAUAGAGCGUAUCGGGAGCAAGAGAUAAGGAUUCAAGAGCAACAUCGAUUUGCGAUCCAGCAUGCCGAGAGGAUGGCUGCCGCUCAGCAGCAACAUCAACAGCAGCAUCAGCAGCGCGAACGGGAGCGCGAGCGUGAACGGGAAAGGGAACGUGAUCUUGCUCAUAUACGUGAGAAGGAGGAGCAGCAGAGGCUGCAUCGGGAGAAAGAGCUGCAGCAAUUGGAGCAUCGCUUGGCUGUUCAGCAUCACCAGAGGGAAAAAGACAUGCAGCAGCAACAGCAACAAGAGCAGCAUAGAUUUUCCCAGCAACGGGAGAAAGAAAUGCAGCAGCACGAGCACAUGAUGUCUGUACAGAGAGAGAAAGAAAUGCGUGAAGGGGAACAGCAUCGACUGAGUGUUCAUCAGCAGCGAGAAAAAGAAAUUCAUCAGCAUCAAAUGGCAGCUGCGGCGCAGAGAGAAAAAGAACAUCAGGAACAUCGUAUGGCUCAGCAGAGGGAAAAGGAAAUUCAGCAUCAGCGAGAACAGCUGGCGGUUCAUCAAAGAGAAAAAGAAAUGCGUGAUAAGCAGGCGGAACAUCGGAUGGCUGUACAACGAGAGCGAGAUCUUGCUCAUUUACAUCAGCAGCAAAUGCAACAGCAACAACAGCAGCAACAACAGCAACAACAGCAACAACAACAACAGCAGCAACAACAGCAGCAACAAAUUCAACAGCAACAACAAAUCCAACAGCAUUUUCUUGGAAGAAUCGAAGCUGAAAGACAUCGUCAUAUGGCUCAGAUACGCAGGGAUCACUUCCGGCCGGAACAAAUUGAUCGCGAGGCCUCGCGGAUUAUGACCAGUGGAUUUCCGCCGUCUUCAAGGCCGCAACCUCCACCUCAGCCUCCUCCACAGCAGCCUUCUUCAACGCGAACUGGCCAGUCCGCCUCGAAUUCUCAGCAAGGAGAAGGCUCUUCCACUCUUACUGCCGCCAGUCUCAUCGACGCGAUCAUCACUCAUCAAAUAAAUCAGAGUUUUAAAAGCACCGGUGGCACUGCGGCUUCAAGUAAUCAGCCUACCAGACCCGGCGAUAGACUUUUCCAGAGUUUUCAUCGAGAUAAUCAACCAGAGCCUAAUGGCGUCGCGCACAGUCCUGCUGGUGAAGCUGCUGGAGGUAAUAGCGGGCCACCAAAUGAAGCUCCGCAAGAUGGAAAAACGAUUACCAUUGGAGAUCAUGUUGAACAUAUUGUAACCAAGGAAUAUGGUCCGCCUCACGGAUCAUACAGAUCAUAUCCCGGGUACACAAUAUCCGAAGAGCAGUGGAAGCGUCGCGAAGGCGAACCCGAGUCGACAAAAUCGAGUGACGAGCGUCAAAUAAUCCGCGUAUCUCAAACACAACAGCAGCCGCAGCAGCAUCAACCAUCCCAGCAAUCACAGCAACCAGUGAGUUCAGGCAAGCAAUUCCAUUCCGUGGAACCGGUGUCACCACCCGAGGCAACGACAAAUCAUUACACAGCAAGACGAUAUUACGAAUCAACCACUGCCACAACGACCUCCGGGACACCAUCAAAACCCCAUCUCUCGCCGCUUGAUUACGUGAAAAAUAAAAUAGUCGAAGUGAUGCGAACCUCUGAGGACGACAAACCAGGCGCGGAGAGAUCCAGCGGCAACGGUAACAUUGACAAAGACGACAAACCAGCAGAGAGUCCGUCAACCGGAGAUAUGGUAAUUGACGAGAGUCCUAGUCAGCCAAGUCAACCACCACCAUCAGCGCCCACAACAUUUUAUCCCUACAACGCUCUUGGGGUUCAGGUGCACUCUGGGAUGCCCCAACCACCGCCACCAACAACUUCCUCAGCGAAUGUAUCAAAGUCCGAGCAAAUGCAAGCUGAGCCCGCGCCUCUUCUGUCUGCUCAGUACGAGCCGCUCUCCGACGAGGACUGAUGUGUCUCUAUUGUCAGUCAGAUCAUCGACAAUUCAAAGCUCCCGAUUCUCAUCAACGUUAAUUAGAGGGCCCUGUUUUCGGACACGAUAACUUUGCUUUUGUAUUUCAGAUGUACGCUUUUUUUUUGCUAUGAUUCUUUAUUUUAUUAUUUUUUUUUAUUGACUAGAGUCAUAUUGGGAUAAAAAAAAGUGAUAAAGUAUCACAAUAUGAAAGCAAUCUUUUGAAAAAAAAAAAAUUUUACACAAAUGAUUCAGGUAUAAAAGCUGUGGUUUUUUUUAAACAUUACUUGACAUAUUUUUUUUUUUACUCGUCCACCAUAACGUUUAAAAGUCAUCUGUUUAUAUUUUAACAAUUUUAUUAACAGUAAUAAUAAUAACUGAUUAUUAUUAUUAUUAUAAUUGUUUUUAUAAUUAUUUUGUGGAAUGAUAAUAUUUAAUUUGUUAUCUUUUUUUUCUGUAAAUUUAUUUCUUUUAUUAUUUCUCGAUAAAUAAAAUCAUUCCAUAAAACAUUCUUAUCAUCAAUUAUAAGAACAAAAAAAAAAAUGAAUAAAUAAAUAAAUAUAAAAACCACGGACGCUAAAGCUAAAGCUUUAAUGCACGGCAUCAAUGCCAAAUUUAAGGUACAUUUAAUAAUAAAAAAUAGUUAUUAUAGUUAUAAUAUAGUUAUAUUAAAUAUAAUAUUAAUAAUAAUAAUUAGUUGUAAUAAAAAUAACGAUAAUAAUAUUUCCACAGUAAAUAAAAGUGGUAAAUAAUUAUAAAAAUCCAUUUUCUUUUGUAAAUACACUAAUAUAAUCGUUAUAAAUAAUACUAAUAAUAAUAAUAAUAAUAAUAAUAUUAAUAAAUACGUUAAAGGUGUGCGUGUUUUUAUUUUGAAUACAUCUGUGAUGAGUACCAGUGUGAGAUACUAAAAUACAUGUACUGUAGAUUCGAUAAAAAGAAAGAGAAUAAAAGUGGGUAGUAAAAAAAAAAAUAAACACUGAGUUUAAAUAAUAAUCAUCUUGAACAGACGAUUACUUUAUUGUAUGUACACUAUUUUUUUUUCUAUAUAUAUGUAUAUUAGGGUGGUCGUUAAAAAUUAAAUUUUCUCAGACGCCUGUACAAAGCUUCUUUUUAGUGAAAAAAUACAUGGGGAUUUUGGUUUUUUUUUUUUACGUAAAAAGAACUCGUGCCUCUGGACGAUCAAAGUUCAUUUUUCGAUACAAUCGCGGUUUUUUAAAAAUAUCUCAUGAAAUAUACAGAUUAAAGGAAAAAAUCAUGAGAACAAUUUUGUAGGAAAUUAAAUUCUUGACAAAAAAGGUCAUAUUCAUUUUUUUUAUAAAAUGUGUAUUUAUGAAGAUAUUUUAAAAAAACUUUUUAGAUCUGAAUUGAGCGUUUUAAGGAUUACAAAUUUUGAAAAUAACAUUUUUCUAAGUAUAUAGAAAAUAUAACAAGCAUUAAUGAUUGAUAUGUUACGAGUUACGAAGUUGUCUAUGUUUAAGAAAAAACUUUAUUUUUAACAUUCGUAAUCUUUAAAUGCUCAAUUGAUAAGAUGUAAAAAUUUUUUUUUAAAAUAUCUUCGUAAAUACACAUUCUAUAAAAAAAAUGAACAUGACCUUUUUUGUCAAGAAUUUAAUUUCCUACAAAAUUUUUUCUAUGAUUUUUUCCAUUAAUCUGCAUAUUUCAUGAGAUAUUUAAAAAAACCGCGAUCGUAUCGAGAAAUGAACUUUGAUCGUCCAGAGGCACGAGUUUUUUUUUACUUAAAAAGAAAAAACCAAAUUCCCCAUGUAUUUUUUCACUAAAAAAAAAGCUUUUUACAGGGCGUCUGAGAAAAUUUAAUUUCUAACGACCAUCCUAACAUAUAUAUACAUAAAUAUGUAUAUAUAUAUACAAUAAUUAUAAAUAUUAAAAUAAAAGGUUUAAAAAAAAAAGUAAACGUUGUAAAUAGUUGAUAGUUUUAAGACGAACAAGUAAUUAUAUUAUUAUAAAUAUAUAAAUAUAAGUACUAGGACUAGUGUAAUAACAGUAGGUAUAGAUAAAGUUUAAAACAGGUAGAAAAAUGACGAACUGACUAGGGAACUUCUUUCGGGACAACGUUCUCUUAUUGACGAAUUACUUUAUGUAAAAUUUUAUCAAAUUUAUUGGUAUAAUUAUUAUUAUUAAUAAUAAUAAUAAUAAUAAUAAUAAUAAAUAUUAAUAAUAAUAAAUAAUGUUAAUUGUCGAUAAACGAAUAAAUGUUAAUUUUUAUUUUAUUUAAUUAUAUUUAAAUAAUACAUGUUGAUCACUCGAUACACACUCAAUUAUCGCGCACUUAUCAAACCACACAUUCACAUUUACCUUUUUAUACAGCCUAAUUUUAUAUUUGUAUGCAAAAAAAGUUUUAUUAUUAUUAUUAAUAAUAAUAAUAACAAUAAUGUGGAGCUGCGCCCUUCGUUUACGGCUUUUUAAAUUUUAUUUUAUCAAAAUUGUACCAUAGUUCUUAUUUUUUAUCAUUUUUUAUUUUAACGCCAACUGUUUUCAAUCGCGACUACGUUCCAAAGCUUUAUUGUAAUAAAUAAAAAAAAAAAAAUUUUUAAUUAAAGUUUAUUAAUUAAUAAAACCAAGGGACCGGUGCCUUUCAACACUAUUGCUCUUAAAAAAAAGUAAAAUAAAAUAAAUAAAAAUAAAAACAAGUUGAUAAUUUAUUAUUUAUAGAGUUUCCUUUAUUGCUCUAAUUCCGUACCGUGUCUUAAGUACUUUGAUUCGAUAUAGAAAAUUUUUAAUUUUGUUUAUUUAAAAAUAAUGCCAAGUGUUAAAAAAUAGCUGAGAAAAAAAAUAUUUUGAUGCUUCCAAAACGGUGAUUAAAAAAAAACAGUACUGCAUCCAAUAAAAUAUGAGUAAUUUUACUCUAAUAAUUAAAAAAAAAAUUAAGAGAACGAAUCUUAUCACUGCUAUUGCUCCAAAAUGACUUAAAUUAAAUUUGAAACCACAGAAAAAAAGGAUUUUUUGACACAAAAAUUUUUUACUCUUCCCAAGAAUUUUUAUUUUUCCCAAGAAGAGAUUUUUUGCAUUGGAAAUUGAAGAUAAAAAUUUUUCUUAGGGAGAGAAAAAUUUAAAUGCGGCAAGAAAAUUUUUUUUUCGUGCAGACAUAGACUAGAGACGUAAAAUAUACUGUUACAAUUGUACCUAUUUGAUUAAAGCUUGGUGACGAUCUCUGUUCAGAACUUGAUCGUUUAAAGAAGAAAAAAAAAAGGCUGUAUAUUUAAAAAAUAAAAUAAAAUAUA